AUGGUCCCCACCGACAAAGAACUGCAAGAUCUUUUUGAAGAGCUGGAAAAUAUGAGUGACUCUGGACCUGAAAUGGCAGCAGACGACAUCUCCAUAGGAAGCAAUCCCAGGCCUGGUCUUCGUCCGUUCUUCACUAGAUCGAAAGAAAUUCUUCCCGCAAUAUACGACAGGGGCGGUGACAACGGGUCUGACAGCGAAGGUGAAGCAGAAGAUAUUGACUGGUCAUCGGAAACGGAAAAAGAGCGGGAGAAAGAAGAGAGGAAAACGUCACAGACUCAUGAUAUGUUGAAGGAAGCAUUGGCUGCAUCAGGAGAUCAGCUAUCCUCAACAGUCACGCCAACGGUAAAUCUUGAACUUUACAUCAUUGCACCAAAAAGUGAAAGCGUAUACGACUGA